CCAACGAACUUUUAUGUAUUUUAUUACUGUAUUUUGGUAGUUAGGGAAUUUUAAUGAGCAUUAUUAGGCCAUCAAUAAAAAAUAGUGAUUGUAUAGAAAUAGAAUAGCCCAAUAUAGAUUCAUGAUGAUUUUAUUUACACUCCAUUCACAUUUAUUAUGCAACCAAAUAUAAAAGCCCGACGAUACAUAAUGUUCCUUCUCCUCUCAUCGACUAUCAUCAGUAUUUUAACUUUUAAAGAGCCAAAACUUUUCUUUCCUAACUCCGAUUCCAAUGAGAUCCCCUAACUCCCACAAGAAGAAACAACCAUCAUCAUCUAAGCAAACAACAUUAACUUUUCAAAGAGGCGAACUAGUCGAAAUCGUAAGCCAAGAUGACGGGUUCGAGGGAUCAUAUUAUGCAGCAAACAUCAUAAGUUCACUAGGAAAUAAUGACUACAUUAUCCAGUACAAAACUCUUGUCAAAGAAGACAAUUCUGGGCUAUUAAGAGAAGUUAUGUCUGCAAACAACAUCCAAAAACUUCCUGACAAGAUUGAUGUGACUGACUUUUCCGUUGGAGAUAUCGUUGAUGCCUACGACAAAGACGGGUGGUGGGUCGGGAAGAUUGUUAAGAAAAGUGGUUCGAAAUAUUAUGUGUAUUUUAAAGGAAGUGGUGAAAGGAAUGCAUACCCUAUAAGUUUGUUAAGGGUUCAUCAAGAAUGGGUUGAUGGUAAAUGGGUAAGGAAUUGUUGCCAGAAAUAAGCAGUUCGUGUUUGUUUGUAUGUAAUGGUUUUUUCUUUCCUUUUUUAAAUCUGUUUGUUUCAGAAUCUUGGUGGUGGUUUAGAUUUUUGGAGUUUUGUUAUAAUAAUAAUGAGACAAUUAUGGGUUUCACUUGUUAUGGAAA